AUGUUUAGAUCCGUGUAUGACUUUUUAGAAUGGAGUGCAGUCAAUUUCAAAAACAAUUUUGGAAGUAAAGAUGAAGAACAUCUUACUUAUAAAAUAAAUCUGGAAACCAUUAAGAAUAAACCAGAGAUAUUGUUAUUUCGUGACAGUUUUACGGUUAGAAAGUUAGCAACAGAAGCGUUAGAAAAUUUUAAGGAAGAAGUUAAAUCGGUUGAAGUCAAAACUUUCUGGAAAAAUUAUCCUACAUUUAUGAAUUCACUGACAAAGGUGAUAAAUUUAACUUCUACAAGAAUGGUGUCUCAGGUUUCAGAGCUUCAUGAUGAUUUAAGCAAUACGAUUUAUACAGAAAUGCGAAAUCAAAUAUCUUCAUUUUCAAAAAGGAAAAAAACCGAUUCGUUGCAAAAUAAUGGGAAGAAACUCUAUCUUGACCAAACAGAAAAUAGCCGUAUUAUGAAAGAAAUGAGAAAUACGCUUAAGGAAAAUAACAAUAUCGAGGAUAAUUCGCCAGAUAGAAAGAAACUAUUAUCUAUUAAAGAAGAAGCAGAAGAAUUAUUUAAUGAAAUAGAUAGCAAUACAACCGUUGAAUUGGACCUUUCUACAAAUAUAACAGAAUAUCUCCAAAAUCUACUCAGCGGUGAUAUUAAAAGUACAUUGUCUAAGAUAGAAAAACCUCCUAAUGAUGAAAGUCAAUUAUUAUUAUGGGUUAGAGAAGUUUGCCGUCACUUUCUUCUAUACUAUUAUUAUGGUGGCUUACAAGUUGAUGGUGGUGGUCAACGCAGACGGUUUAUCGCAUAUUGGAUUUAUUUUCAACUUUUUUCGAGAAAACUAUAUCAGAUCAUGAAUGAAGCUCAUAACGAUAGAGCAUAUAACAUUAACUAUAGUCAAAAACUGUCAAAUUCCGGGUGUGUAAGCAAAAAUGAUGCCGUCUUAUACCAAGAUAAAAUCGCUACUAUAUUGUAUGAACAAUCGUUUGGUCCUACGGAAUUCACUCUAAACUACCAAUUAAAAGAUUUUGCUAAGCUAGCGCAUAACGGAGUUGAUGAUUUGAACUUUCAUUUUAAUCAAAAUAGGAAUUGUACAACUAAUACGGCUAAAAAAUUUAAGUCUAUAGAGAUUCAUGGUUAUAAGUAUUUCUUAUCUGUAUAUCUUACAGACAUUAUUCGGAUUAGUUCUCGAGAAAUUACUAAUUGA